AUGCCGUGUGUCAGCCGCUUUCUGUAUUACGGCGGGGCGGAGGUGGUGGAUCAGAUCGAGUUGUUGUGUCAGAAGAGGGCUCUGGAGGCGUUUGACCUCGACCCGGCACUGUGGGGCGUCAAUGUUCAGCCGUACUCCGGAUCUCCGACUAACUUCGCCGCUUACACAGCCGUCCUAAACCCUCAUGAGCGCAUCAUGGGUCUGGACCUGCCUGACGGCGGACAUCUCACUCAUGGCUACAUGUCUGACGUCAAGCGGAUCUCAGCCACCUCCAUCUACUUCGAGUCGAUGCCCUACAAACUCAACGUAAGUCCACAUCACGUCUGACCCUCAGUGUUUCUAUGGGUGUUUUUGGCUUUAUUUCUAACCAUAGUGACACUAAAUAUUAAAAGCCUAAUAAAGAGUCGACCUCUCUUUAUUACUCUGGUCUCUGUCUCCGAGCAGCUGUGCACCGAGCUGAACGCGUACAUGCUGGCGGACAUGGCUCACAUCAGCGGACUGGUGGCAGGCAAAGCUAUUCCCUCGCCGUUCCAACACGCCGACCUCGUCACCACAACCACACACAAAUCACUGCGAGGAUCCAGGGCGGGGCUUAUAUUCUACCGGAAGGGCGUUCGCUCGCUGGAUAAGAAGGGCAAAGAGGUCAUGUACGAUCUGGAGGAGAAGGUCAACUUCUCUGUGUUCCCUUCACUUCAAGGCGGCCCGCACAAUCACGCCAUCGCCGGCGUCGCUGUGGCUCUCAAACAGGCCGCGACGCCCAUGUUUCGUGAAUACAUCGCUCAGGUUCUGAAGAACUCCAAGGCCAUGGCCGAGGCGCUGCUGAAGAAGGGCUACACGCUGGUCUCGGGAGGAACUGAUAAUCAUCUGGUUCUGGUGGACCUGAGGCCUCAGGGGAUGGACGGAGCGCGGGCCGAGCGGGUUCUGGAGCUGGUGUCCAUCACAGCCAACAAGAACACCUGCCCUGGAGACAAGAGCGCACUGACCCCCGGCGGCCUGAGACUCGGAUCCCCUGCUCUCACGUCCCGUCAGUUCAAGGAGUCGGACUUCCAGCAGGUGGUGGAUUUCAUGGAUCAGGGCAUCAAGAUUGCUCUGGACGUCAAGAAGAAGACCAAAAAGCUGUCAGAUUUCAAGAGUUUUCUGCUUGAGGACUCGGAGACGGCGUCUCGUAUCGCUGAUCUGCGUCAAAGCGUGGAAGCGUUCGCUCGUCCGUUCCCCAUGCCUGGAUUCCACGACCAUUAAAGCAGCAGCGAACGAACGCGUUAUUUCUUUUCUUUAGCUUUAAGAUCAGUCACUACAUUAUUAAUCAUUUACUGAAACUAAAAGUCUUAAAACGAGCAGUGGUGCACGAAGCUACCAACAUGAGUUGAAAUGAUUUAUUCCUCAUGUGUGAUCCUUUUAUGACAUCCAGGACUCGAGUAACAUCUAUAUCUUCCGUUUCGAGUGAGGAACAACCGUUUCUAACAGACUAAUGAUGCUAAAUGUUUACAGACUGCGAUUUCCGUUCGGAGCCGUUUUUCUGCUGGAGUCUCGGUAGUUUGAGUUCUUCUUCUCUUUUGAUAAUCGAAGCUGUUUUGUAAAUGUACAGUAGUGUGUGUAAAGACUUUAACUGCAUUGUUGGAGUUUGUAUUGGCUCAGUGAUUUCUGAGCGUUUACGGAGCGCACACACACACUCAUACAAACACACACACACUCACUCAUACAAACACACACACUCAUAUAAA